AUGGUCCGAUACGGGCGAACCCCACGGCCCUCACUAGUGUACUGCGACACUAGAGCCUGCAGAGCGAACAGUCGGUUCCAAGUGCGGAGAAUCGGCGACCUGCGCCAAGCCGUAUACGGUGGUGUCCACUCGACCGAUGGGAUUGAAAACUUUCGCGUCAAGGUGGCGGCUCUGUCAAUCGAGCUUGGUCUCGUCGGGAAGCUGGUGGGCUUGGUGGCUCUCUAG